CUGCUGCACACAAAUCGCUCGCUCACAGGUUGCUUGGGGCCCAUCGAAAAGGUCGUCAUUCUCACGGCUGUCUCCCGUCGUCGGCGUCGCGUUCGCAAUCCGAGAAACUAAGACUAGCGACGGCUAUCCGCGAGAUACAAGACACAAGUGCCACAGUCGAUACAAGUGUCGCCUAAUUGGAUUACAAUGCCCGAGUGUUGCCUGUGCGAAGGGCUUUCAAGGCGUACAAAACUUAUUUAAGAGCCCAGUUAAUUGUUUAUUGGAUACAACACUUAUAUCGCUAAAUAUCUGGAUUAAAGAAGCUGAUUCAUUUGGAAUAUGGUUGUUAUAAAUGGCUACACCUUCAAGUCGCAGCAACUACUUAACCAGCAGCCCGAUCAUUCCCAGCACGCCCAGUUUGCCCAGCCCCAUAAUCCAAGUGCUGGCCAACAGCAGGCGGGUGGAUCCAUGACCAUGCCGGCAGCCUCGGGGGGCAAGGGAAAACGGGAGUGGGACAUCAACGAUGCCAUCGUGCCCCACGUUCCGGACCAGGAGUUCGACGAGUUCAACGAGUGGAGCGAUGGCCAUGUCCGGCACAUCUACUCGCUGCACAAUGAGGAGGCCAAGAAGCACAUCUCCGGCUGGGCCAUGCGCAACACGAACAAUCACAACGUGAACAUCCUGAAGAAGAGCUGCCUGGGCGUCCUGGUCUGCUCCCAGCACUGCACCCUGCCCAACGGCUCCAAGAUCAACCUGCGGCCGGCCAUUUGCGACAAGGCCCGCCGGAAGCAGGAGGGCAAGGCCUGUCCCAACAAGAGCUGUCGUGGCGGGCGGCUGGAGAUCAAACCGUGCCGGGGUCACUGCGGCUAUCCGGUGACCCACUUCUGGCGCCAUUCCGGCAACGCCAUCUUCUUUCAGGCCAAGGGAGUGCACGACCACCUGCGUCCGGAUCCCAAGAACUCCAGCGUUUCCAAGCGGGCAUUUGGACGGGUGCCGCUGGGCGGAAAGUCCGCCAAUGGAUCAGCCGGCAAGAAGUCCGUAAUUGCGGGUCUGGUGAAGCAGGUGAAGCAGCAACAGCACAGUCUGAUUAACAAGGUCCUUAAACGUCCUGCUGCCAGCAAUCCUUUGACCCACUCCGCUUUGGAUCUUUACCAGUUUAACGCUUGUGGCAAGUGCACGACCUACAACCACUGCACCUGCAGCUACCUGGAGGACAACACAACGGCGAGGAGCCACCAACUGUCGCAGUCUUCGAAUUACGGAACCAACUCCUGGCCACUGAGUGGAUCCGAGUCCUCGGCGCCCUGCGAGACCGCUGCGAAUGUGUUCACGGUCAACCACCAGCACAUCACGUAUAACUAUCCCAUCUACCAUGCCACUCCGACGGCGGCGACGGCGGCACCCAGCAAAUCGCCCAGUUUGCCGUAUACCUGCAGUAUUUCGGAACUGGCCGCUUACCAGCAGUCCUCGAGUGGGAACGCCUACUCGAUGGGCGCGGGUCCUGGACAUGGGCACACCCAAUGUCAGGCACUCGCCUACGAGUCCAGUCCGCAGUUGGCCACUCCCGAACCGGAGUUCAUCAACUACUCGCAGAUCAAGCAUUUGGGUGGUGGCGGGCAGGAGGAGAUCGGCUGCAAAGGGGAGCCGGGGGCGGGGCUGGCGCCCACCAUAAAGUACAAUGCCACCGUGGAAACACAGCCGUAUGUGGAGGACAACUACGACUACUACUACAGUCCCAAGGCGGAGUACGAGAUGCAUCAGCAGCAUCACCACCACCAGCCGACCCACCAGCAAUUCGGGGGAAAUCAGCCGGCGGGUCACCACUACUACGAGAGCGGGAGUGGUUACAAUGGAGUUAGCUACUUUGACACGGGACACGGGACCACCACGACACCGGGGAAUACGGCGACCGGAAACAGCUUGGAAACCGGAUACGGAAGCUACUACGAUCACUAUACCAGCUACGAGCAACAGAUGGCGGCAGCGAGUGGAUUUUCCCCAGCCGGAGCAUCCACUAUCCCGACAGCGGCUCCGCCCCCAGGUCACCCACCGCCUCCGCCCACGCUGACGUACCACCACCAUCACCACCACCACUUGCAUCACUCGGCGGCAACAGCGGCGCUUGCACCAUCGGCCACCCAUUGAAAUAGUACUUAACGAUUCCGGACGCCGGAGCAUUAGUCAUAGUCGAUAGCAUAGCAUAGUAUCAUAGUGUUAGGGUUAGUUGUGAAAUCUUAAUUUCCAUCUGUACGCGUAGUGUUACAAAGUUUUCUCAUUG